AUGAUGCUACGACUAUUCUCGCGUUCCAAAGGGACUUGUUCCUUUAUUCGACGGCAGGCUGUGUCGGUUAAUCCAUAUCGACGGGCGGCUUUCCACAAGAAUGCCGCGUGUAAGCGUUUUUCGAAUGGACGAGGAUUGUCUAACUGGCCCGUCAAGUCAUUCUGGGGAGCUUUCGUAAUAUUGAUUGGUGCGGGAUUAUACCAGCAGUUUCGAGGGUUGGAAUCAACGGGCAAUGAGAGAGGCGAACACGAGAACAGACAGAAACUCAUUCCUUAUGAGGAAGUCCAAAAACAUAUAACUGAAACGGACUGCUGGGUCAUUAUAAAUGGCCUCGUUUACGACGUAACCAACUUUUUACAACACCACCCUGGAGGGCGACAGGCUAUUCUGGCAGAAGCUGGCAAGGAUACUAGUAAACUAUUUUCCAUGCUUCAUCCCCAAGAUGCUUUGAAUACUCUCCCACCCGAAAGUUGCCUAGGCCCAGUAGACCCGGCAACACUACCAAGAGAAGAAAUUCCACCUACAGAGGCGGAUAUACAAAGACAAGCUGCUAGGGACGAAAUGCCCAUGGUAGAGAACUUUCAUCUCCUCCAAGACUUCGAGACAUGGGCUGAGCGUGUUCUGAGCGAGACGGCUUGGGCGUACUAUCGCAGUGCGGCAGAUGAAGAGAGAACUUUGCAUGAAAACCAAAAAGCCUUUCAAAGAUACUAUUUCCGCCCUCGAGUCCUCCGCGACAUGAGCUACGGAACGACCGAGACAACGGUCCUGGGAAUUCCAUCUGCGAUGCCGGUAUUUAUCUCUCCAACGGCAAUGGGUAAGCUGGGACAUCCUCUUGGGGAAAUAAAUAUAACCAAAGCUGCUGGGGAGUAUGAGAUUGUGCAGAUGAUAUCCUCCAACGCAAGCUGUGAUCUGGAAGAGAUAUUCAACGCAAGCAAAGAAAAUCAGCCUCUCAUAUUCCAGCUGUACCUCAACAAAGACCGAUCCGCGUCGGAAACUCUCAUCCGGAAAGUAGAAGAGCUUGGCGCGAGAGCGAUUGUAUUUACUGUUGAUGUAUGUUGGGAGUCCAAACGGACACUCGACGUACGUACCAAAGCAUCAAUGCGGAAAUCCACAUCGCCUUCAGAGAAACCCACGACAAACCUUGGAGUUGCACAGGAGAUAGGCGGAUACCAGGAUCGGAAUUUAACGUGGAAAGAUAUUUCAUUCAUAAGAAAAAACACCACCCUCCCUAUCAUCGUCAAGGGAGUACAAUGCAUCGAAGACGUCCAGCUCUGUGUAGACUACGGUGUAGAAGGCGUCAUCAUAUCCAACCACGGAGGCCGCCAAGCAGACUACGCCCCCGCCCCAAUCGACAUCCUAUACGAAAUCCGCACUCACCGACCAGACCUGUUCAGCAAAACCGAAAUCAUGAUAGAUGGGGGCAUACGAUGCGGGGCGGACGUGGUCAAGGCACUCGCGAUGGGCGCUAAAGCCGUUGGUGUUGGUAGACCGUUUCUGUACGCGAAUGGGACGCAUGGAGAGGUGGGGGUGGGAAGGGUUAUUGAGAUAUUGUAUGAGGAGAUAACUAAUACGAUGCGUAAUAUUGGCGCGAGGAGAGUGGAGGACUUGAAAGCCGAGAUGGUCGGGCCUGCUGGGCCUUGGAUAUGA